CGUAUAUGUACUGGUUGAAUACGAGAGAAGGACGAUUUGCGAUCCCCAAUGUCCAACGUGAUCAGUGGAUAUUGGUGAAUGUCAAUAGGACUGGUUUCUUCAGGACCAAUUAUCACAUCCACAACUGGCGGCUUCUCUCGCGGCAGCUAAUGGAUGACCACACGGUCAUCUCACCAGCCAGUCGUGCCGCGCUGAUUGACGACGUGUUCAGCUUGGCAACAGAAGGUCGUCUGAACUUAUCUGUUGCUCUUGACCUGACUAGAUACCUUGAGAGUGAGAUGGACUAUGUCCCUUGGAAGGGCGCCAUAGUUACAUUUAAAUACAUUGACCGCAUGCUAAGAACAACGCCUGUCUAUGGAAUCUUCAAGGAUUAUAUUCUUCACCAAGCUCAGACUGUUUAUGAUUACGUGGGAUGGAACAACACUGGACCACAUCAGAAAAAGUUAUUACGAGUGAUGAUUCUCCAACAGAUGUGUGCAUAUGGGCAUGAAAGAUGUAUAGACAAAACAAAGGACUUAUUUAGAAACUUUUCAAAUGGCCAUGAGAUUCCUCCCGAUUACCGGAGCUUCGCCUAUAGCACACGGGUGGCCUCUGGAGGACCUGAGAUAUGGGACUCUACCUGGGAUUCCUACAAAGCUAGCUCACCAGCCGAAGCUAAACAUUGGUUGGCGGCACUCACAGCCACGGGGGAACCUUGGCUUAUUAACAGACUUUUAUCCCGCACUCUUGAUCCUGAGCAGCUUACUCUGACUGAUGCAGUCAGUGUGUUCCAGUAUGUAUCACGGAAUCCUAUUGGUGGGUUCCUGGCUUGGAAUUUCUUCAGGGACCAAUGGAAUUUGUUGAAAAAUAGAUAUGGAUCUGGUUUGUUUUUAAUGGGAAACAUAAUCACAGCUGUGACUGAAUGGUUUAACACACAAUACCAACUCGAAGAGUUGGAGACCUUUAUGUCAAGCAAACACGAAGACUUGGAGAACCUGGCUGGUUUCAGUAAUUUCCUUCAAGCGGUUGAUAAGACAAAGGCUAAUAUCAACUGGAUGGAGAACAAUUAUGGACAAAUUGAGGAGUGGCUUGAGAACUGGAAGAGAGAAAACUCUUGAACAAUGGUGAAGUGAUUCAUACUCCACAUCAAGGGUACUUUUAGAUGCGUUGUAAUCACAAGCAGAGGAUCUUUGAAUAUUUCAGAGUUGCUGUCAAGUCGAUGGAACGAACAUGGAAGUGAUGCUUUAUAUUGGAAGUGAGGACAAAUUGGCUGUUGCUGUGAAACAUUUUAGGAAUGAAUGUUUAA